AUGACUACACAGGCAUUCGGCCAAGGGUCAUCCUUUGCGGUUGAUGAUAUGGUGGCGCUUGAUUUGGGGUCGGAUGCGGGUGUAGCACAUGGAAUCGAUGAGGAAACAUCUGUCGAGGCACCUUCUCCAUAUGCAUACGUCUUUUAUGCGACACAAGACACCUAUGCGUGUUCUGUUCUGGUUAACAUCAGACAGUUGAAGGACGUAUUCGAAACAAAAUAUCGCAUCCACGUCUUGAUCACCAAUGAGGUCUCUCUGAGCUACGUAGAAGCCUUGGAAGACUCCGGCGCAACAGUAUCAUUGCAAGCGGCCCCGGCACUUGCAAAUGGCACCGAAGGUGCUGGAUAUUAUCAAGAUUGCCUGCUGAAAUUGUACGGCUUCCGGAUGCAUCAAAUCGACACCUCGCUCAAACGCGUAAUCGUGAUGGACUCCGACCAACUGGUGCUUCGAAAUCUGGACUACCUCUUCGAAGACAAGAUCGAAGCCGACCUUGCUGCACCUCGAGCUUACUGGAUCGCCAAAGAGACGUUCAGCACAGCAUUUAUGGUGAUCACGUUAUCAGAUCGAGUAUGGCAUGUAGUCGAAAAAGCACUCGACAAUAUCCAAAUCGACAAGUACGACAUGGAUAUUGCAAACGAGUUGUUUGGGGACACUGUGUUGAUGCUACCCGGACAUUUUGUCACACUGAACAGUCAUUGGGAAGACUGGAAUCUCCCGAAAUGGUUUCAUAAGCCUGAGGCCAUCGUUGCUGGAAUCACGAAUGGCACACAUGAGGUCGCAUGGUCGGAGACGCAAGAUCUGAACAAGAGGGGGCAGGCUCAACAGGGCUCCCAAUUCGAGCCCUCGAACUACGAGACUGCGCCCGACGGUCAACUGAAGGACUUGACUCAAGCGAAUGGGAACAAGAAAGGCACAUCCGAGAGUUUGCCAAAGAUGACCACCGAUGUCAAUUUGCCAACACUGCCAAAGAUCAAAGAUGAUGACUCGCAGAUGGCAGACGACUUGCUUCCCGAUACCAUCCCUGGCAUCGUCAAUCCGUCAAAACAUUCAGAUGGAAAACCUCACCUCCCAGGCGGCAUCGCACCGCCAUCCCACGGCAAGUCUUCUUCGGAAGUCGUGAGCACUGAAACCCCCGAUCUCACAGAUAAGAGAUAUUACAAUGAGUUAUACGAGCUAUACAAACAAGUAUCGGUCUUGCAUUUCACAGCAAUGGGCAAGCCAUGGGGUGUCAAUGAGCAGAUGCUGAAGGAUGGGCGGCCAGAUGCACACCCAGUGUUCAGAGAGCAAUUCAUGACUUGGAGGAAGGUGGCUAGAGAUAUAUGUCCGACGGAUAUUGUGGUAGAAUUAUGA